AUGAUCUCCCUUCGGCACGCUUUACCUUCCUCUGUCGUCGCUGCUAGAGCAGUGGCUCUACGCCGCCAGCCGGUACUUCUUAGAUGCUUCCACAGCUCUCCAGACAAGAAAAACAACUUUGCCCCAGUGGCCGAGUCCCAACACCAACAGGCCCCUGUGCCUCCUACUCCAGAUGCUCUUCCCGUGAGAAGCCCCAACUUUGCAUACUUGAAGGACUUCACUGCGGGAGAGUUGCUUUCUUUCAUGAUGAUCGGCACUGUUGCCUCUCACAAGUCUCUCUUGAACAUGGCCAUCAAGGCUUUUCCUUACGUUCCCAUGCCUCUCAUCAAGGCUUUCGUUUACAACAUUUACUGUGGAGGCGAGAACAUCGACGAAGUUAAGAAGACCGGCGCCAGAUUGGCCAAGAGAGGUAUCAACAACAUGAUGAUCUCCUUGACCAUAGAGGCUUGUAACGGUAAUGAGAACGUCAACCCAGACUACAUUGUUGAGCAAACCCAGCACUCGGUCAACGAAAUUUUGAUUCCUCACACCAUCCUGAUGCUCGAAACUUCUGGUAAGGACAUCAACGCUAUUCCUCCUGGUUACGUGGCCUUGAAGCCCACUGGCUUUGUCAAGAAUGCCGCUGCCGUGUUGAAGAACUACAACUCUCCAGAGUACAAGGAGUUGUUCGAAGACUUGGUCUCUAAGGCUUCUGCCGUUUGCCAGACUAUCUACGACGCUAACCAAAGAUUGGCUCAGUUAUACCCAUCUAGAGUGGCUCCAUUUGCUGUCGGUGUUAUUGACGCCGAGAAGCACGAGCUUCAAAACGGUGUCUACGAACUUCAGAGAAGGUUGUACAAGAAGUUCAACAAGGUUAACUCCCCUGUUUCUGUUGUCGGCACUUUGCAAAUGUACUUGUCUGAAUCUUCCGAUUUGUUGGCCAUGGAGGAGAAGUUGGCCAAAGAGAACAACUACAGAUUGGGCUUGAAGUUGGUAAGAGGCGCAUACAUUCACUCCGAGAAGAACCGUGACACUGUCAUUCAUAAAACCAAGGAAGACACUGACAUGAACUACGAUCAGGGUAUCUCCUAUUGCAUUGAUUCUAUUUUGGCUCACCAGGGCAACGAGUCUGUCAUUGGCCACUUGGUGGUUGCUUCUCACAAUGCUGAGUCCAUGAGAUUGGCUACCCAGAAGACCUACAAGAGCGAGUUCUCUAUUGGUAACAAGAAUAAGGCUAAUAUCUGCUUGGGUCAGUUGUUAGGCAUGGCCGACUCGGUCACUUAUGAUCUCAUCAAGAACGACAAGGUUGACAAUGUUAUCAAAUACGUUCCUUGGGGACCUCCAUUGGAGACCAAGGAGUAUUUGUUGAGAAGAUUGGAGGAGAAUGGCGAUGCCGUCAAGAACGAUAAUGGCUUCCCAUUGGUGAGAAGUGCCCUUCUGACUAUGUUCAAGAGGCUCUUCGCAUAG